ACACUUAAAACCAAAAUCACAAGCAAAGAGAGCACGUGCGGUUAUUGAAAAUGUUUUUGAGAGCAACAAUUUUGGCGUUUCUGGUGGUUGGUCUGGCCGCCGCCGCCGCCUAUGAAAGAAAACCAUACCCGCCUUGCGACAAGUGUGACUGUGUGGGGAAUUUGUGCAAGGGGAGAUUCCCGGCUGAGGCGGCGCUGGAGUGGCCGGACUUGGUCGGAGUUGAUGAAACAAUUGCGAGGGCGACCAUCGAGGAGACCAAUUCGUACGUGACGGUGGUGACGGAGAAUGAUUACGAAAAGUGCCCCGAUAUGGGGGAUAGGUGUUGUAAUCGGGUCGUCCUUUGUGUUCAAUAUCACCCCACAAAUAAUGUGACCAAUGUCCCCAGGGUCGGAUAGAAUGGAAAGAAUUGAACUCCACAUUAUUGAGAAGACACAUUUUGUAACACAAAACAUAAUAAGAGUGCUAAUUCUUAAUGUACUAAAGAGCUGAGUUUGAAUAUCUUUUUG